AUGGACGAGACUAUGAGCGAUGCUCUUGAUUCCCGCGAGAUGGACGACCAAGAGCAGACGGAGCAAAAGCUCAUCAAUGAAGAGUACAAGAUAUGGAAGAAGAAUAGCGUCUUCCUCUAUGACAUGCUAUACGGUCGCGCACUCGAGUGGCCCACGCUCACUACACAAUGGCUGCCCGACAAGAAGCCUGUAGAGGGCACCAACAUGAGCCAGCACCGCGUCAUUCUUGGAACCCACACUUCGAAUCAAGCGCAAAACUACCUCCAAAUUGCGCAUUGCGAGAUACCCGACUUUCGCGUCCCAGACUUGUCAGAGCUCAACGAAGAGCGGGGAGAGAUUGGUGGUCACGGCAAUGCGAAGCGACCCUUUGACUUCAAGAUUGUGCAGAAGAUCAACCACCCCGGCGAGGUCAACAAGGCGCGUUACCAGCCUCAGAAUCCCGACAUCAUAGCGUCGUUGUGUGUAGAUGGCAAAGUGCUUAUCUUUGACCGGACCAAGCACCCACUGCAACCAAAGGACGAUUCGAUCAAGUUCGAGGCAGAGCUUGUAGGCCAUAGCAAAGAGGGAUUCGGGUUAAGCUGGAGUCCCCUGAAGGAGGGACACUUGGUGACGGGUAACGAAGAUACCACAGUUAAGACAUGGGAUAUCAAGAGUGGCUUCUCCAAGAGCAACAAGACCAUCAGCCCGACCGCAACAUACAAUGUUCACAGCGCAACCGUCAACGAUGUCCAAUACCACCCGAUUCACAACUUCCUUAUUGGUACCGCAUCCGACGAUCUUACCUGGCAAGUCAUCGAUACUCGUAUGGAGACACACAAAAAAGCACUGUACAGGAAGGAGGCCCACGACGAUGCAGUCAACUGCAUCUCGUUCCAUCCCGAGUUCGAAGGGACUUUCGCGACAGGUUCUGCCGACAAAUCAGUCGGUAUUUGGGAUAUGAGGAAUUUCGACAAGAAGCUACACAGUCUGCAGAAUCACUCCUCAGAUGUCAUCGGUCUGCAGUGGCACCCGCAAGAUGCUGCCAUCCUUGCCAGUUCCAGCUACGAUCGCCGCAUCUGCCUGUGGGAUCUCAGCAAGAUCGGUUCUGAACAGACGGCUGAGGAGGCAGAAGAUGGCCCCCCUGAGCUCUUGUUCAUGCACGGUGGCUUCACCAACCGAAUUUGCGACUUUGACUGGAACAAGAACGACCCUUGGCUUAUGAUGGGCGCUGCUGAGGACAACCAGCUGCAAAUUUUCCGUCCCGCGCGCAAACUUGUUGAGCCACUGAAGAAGACUGUGAACCAUGGAGAUGUCUCAGACUGA